UUUUUUCCCCGCGUAGCUUUGCUUGCGAGGUUGUCUUCGUUUUCUGCAAUUCUCAAUUCACAAAGCCAAAAAAUAAUAAUAAAAAGCACCCUGCAACUCACCACUUAAUUAAAAGGCCAAAAAUUAUAAACGAGCACAUCAACAGUCUCUGUUGUUAUUGUUAUUAUUGUUACAGUUUUUAUUUGUUAAGUGUCCCUUCCUCCUUCUUUUGGAUCGGAUCUGAGUUUCAUGUUCUACGGACUAGAAGAGCAAAGACAGACACCAAACCCAAGUUGUUUCACUUUCUUCAGAACUUGUUCUAUAGCCAUGGAACAAGGUUUCUUCUUCUGGCAUAACAUUGCAGUGUGUCUCCUUUGAUGAUAAGUUUCUAUUGGCAUCAGGAGAAGGCGUUGGACUUGUCAAGUUAUGGUUCUGUUUUGUUCAUGUUGACCAGAGAAGAAACCGGGUUUUCUUGCAAGUUAAGAAUUUGUUGAUGGAGUCAGCUGUUGAUGAAAUUGAGUCUUUGCCAGAGGUUCAGAAUUCAGUUUCUGGGGUAGAUCAUGAUCCUCCUUCGACAUCUGGGACUCCGAAUUCGACCGCUCCUCAUACUUUCGGCCUCAAUGACACAGUUGAGAGUUGCUUAGCGAAGAACAUUGUCACAAUGGAAAAGAAAUUGUGCAUCAAACCAAAGUUUGAAGAUGCCAAGAAUUAUGAUUUGAGCAGCCAAAUGGAAUCUGGGAAACACAAAUCUGGUGCAUUGAAUGGAGUUGCUGAUCAAUCGGAGAUUACUUGUUGUCCGAGCCCUCAGAAUAGUUUCUAUUCAGAAGCCAAACAAAGCUCUACAAUUGCUGGAGUGAGUGAAUGUGUAAGUGUUGAUAAGUCUGUUGAAAGCGGAGAAGCUGUGAAUUCGGUCGAAUUCAACGAGAGCAGGAAGAGCAGCAUCUGUAGAGGGAGUACAGGAAGUGAUGUUAGUGAUGAGAGCAGCACCAGUAGCUUCAGUAGUGCUUUGUAUAAACCCCAUAAGGCAAAUGAUAUAAGAUGGGAAGCAAUUCAAGCUGUCCGAGCUCGGGAUGGAGCUUUGGAAAUGAGGCAUUUCAGGUUGUUGAAGAAAUUGGGGUGUGGAGACAUAGGAAGUGUAUAUCUAGCUGAGUUAGGUGGCACAAGGGCUUGUUUUGCUAUGAAAGUAAUGAACAAAACGGAGCUGGCGAAUCGCAAUAAGCUCCAGAGGGCUCAAACGGAGAGAGAGAUAUUGCAGUCUCUUGAUCAUCCUUUUUUACCAACUUUGUAUACUCACUUUGAGACAGAGACAUUCUCUUGCUUGGUAAUGGAGUUUUGCCCCGGCGGGGAUCUGCAUGCACUCAGACAAAGACAGCCGGGGAAGUAUUUUUCCGAGCAUGCUGCCAGGUUUUAUGUGGCAGAAGUUCUCCUUGCUUUGGAGUACUUGCACAUGCUUGGAAUCAUCUACAGAGACCUUAAACCGGAAAACGUGUUGGUGAGGGAAGACGGUCAUAUAAUGCUGUCGGACUUCGAUCUCUCUCUAAGGUGUGCAGUCAGUCCUACUGUUGUAAAGUCCACAAACUCUUUCUUGGAAAUGAAAACCUCAGGAUAUUGUGUUCAGCCGGCCUGCAUUGAGCCGACUUGCGUGAUGCAGCCGGACUGCAUCCAGCCUUCAUGUUUUACGCCACGCUUUCUUAAAGGGAAGUCGAAGAAGAAAGAAAAGAAGUCAAAACAAAAGAAUGAUGUGCAUAAUCAGGUGACUCCUCUCCCUGAGCUCAUCGCCGAGCCCACGAAUGCGAGAUCAAUGUCAUUUGUAGGAACACACGAAUACUUGGCACCCGAAAUAAUCAAAGGUGAAGGACAUGGUAGUGCUGUAGACUGGUGGACAUUUGGGAUAUUCUUGUAUGAGCUUUUGUUUGGUAGAACACCAUUCAAAGGCUCAGCAAACAGAGCAACUCUGUUUAAUGUUGUUGGCCAGCCCUUAAGGUUCCCAGAAACCCCUACAGUAAGCUUUGCAGCCAGGGACUUAAUCCGGGGUUUACUCGUGAAAGAGCCGCAGAAUCGGCUGGCCUAUCGACGCGGAGCGACAGAGAUAAAACAACAUCCGUUCUUUCAUAAUGUUAACUGGGCGCUGAUCCGCUGUGCGAGUCCUCCAGAGGUGCCAAGGCAGGCCAUGAAGGCCCUCGCAGCGGAAAAGCCGCCUGGUGUCAAGCCUUCUGGUAACUAUUUAGAUAUUGAUUUCUUUUGAUCCUAAUGUCUGUUUUUUCCUUCUUUGGAAUAGUUUCUAUCUUUUACUUUGUGU